CUUCCCCACACUCUACUCUCUGCAAAUAUGGGCAACUCUUCCUCUUCCUCGGCCGUGCCCGAGAACUCGGUCCUCGACGUGGAGCUCGAGAUCGUGUUGGCCAAGGACAUUGCGGCCGGCGACUUCUUCGACAUGAAGGCCGCUCUCAAGGGCAAAGUCUCGUCCAGCGACGCCUACGCUUUGAUCGAAGUGGCCGGCCAGAAGGUGGCCUGGACGCGGCCCAUCUUCGACACGCUCGAGCCUGUGUGGAACGAAAAGUUCUUCUUCAAGAACGUCAAACCCGACACAAUCUGCAAGCUCUACCUCUUCGACGAGGACUUUAACGGGGACGACGCGUUGGGCCAAACGCAAUUCACGGCGGCCAACACUGACGGCGCUGAAACUACCUUCGAGUUGCCUAUUAAACGCAACGACAAGGCGGCCGGCACGAUUGUGGUCAAGGUCAAGUCGCGGGCCACCAAGGCCCACGGUGAUGGCCAACUGCAUCAGUACGGGCCAGUGCACUACUCGGCCCACCUGAGUGUAAGCUCGGGCAUCUUAUCGCAGUCCUUAACGGAAGACGAGAAGUUAGAGUCCUCGGCCUACCACGUGCACCUGCACAAUAUCCCACAGAUUCUACGUAAUGACCACGAGUGGAACAAAAGCUACCCAACCAUCCAAAAGAUCUUCUCGCCUGACCAUCCGGAGUCUCCUGUGCUCCGUAAGGCCAUCGCCACGGAGCACGAGGUAGUUUACAGACACGCGGGGACUACCGAGUAUGGCCAGCUUAAAGAGCCGUCAGACUUGUUUAAACUAGUCAACUACGGCCGGAGACAGGACAAGCCGGUGCUCUUCACGUACGCUAUCACGUCCACGGGCUGGUACUUCUCCGAGACUGGCGCGGCCUUCUUCAAGGACAUGUUGUCCAAGCACAUGUUGCACUCGGGUGCUGCGUUCUCCGUUAAGUACGCGGGCGAAUUCCGCAUCGAGAAGGGCCACUUUGGGAAAUACAAGCUCCUCAUCGACAACAACAGCGGCACAUACGCCCCACCCGAGGCCGAUCUACCGAAACUCAAGGAGAUCUUUGAGGCCAACUUCCAUGGUAUCUCAGUCGAGGCCAAAGAUCGCGACGACGAGGAGCUGAAAAAGUCCCGCCAAGACAUCCUGGACGCCUGGGCGUAAAGCGUUUGACUAUUUCUGUCACAAACACACAAUUUGUUUUGUGUGUUGCUACAAUUUCUAGCGUAAAAUUUGCAACAUCCCGUAACCUACAAAAAUAAAAAUGUCGAAUUUUGUUAAUGUAA